AUGAACCAAUAUGAUCAGUGGAAUCGAAGGAUCCGGACCAUCUGGUAUUGCAGCAGUCUAUAUGUGGAGUACAAAAAUGCCCUGAGGAAAUCGAGGAAGAUGCCGGUCGAGAAAAAGACCGAGUACUGGGAGAAGAAGCAUGAGGAGUUUGCCACGAAGAUGUUGAACAAUAUAUACGAGUUGAGAGGAUGGUGGGUGAAGGUAGGGCAGUUCCUAAGCACGCAGGAAAACAUCAUGCCCGUGGCAUACAUCGAGAAGUUCACCAAACUGCAGGACAUGAUGCCCACCUCCUCUUUCGACAAGAUAGAAGUCAUUCUUAAGAAGGAAUUGGGAAAUAUUUAUGACAUAUUUGAGCACAUCGAAAAGGAACCCUUAGCUAGCGCAUCGAUAGGACAAGUCCAUCGAGCCAAAUUGAAGAAGCACGGAAAUGAUGCAAACCCGGAUGAAGUUGCAAAAAAAACUGAUUGCAAUGUUAUUAUAAAAAUUCAACAUGAAGGAAUUGACCAAUUUCUUUCAUCCGAUAUAAAUACAUUGAAAAAAGUAUCUUGGGCAUUUGGUCUAAUAGACAAAAAUUUUUAUUUCACAGAUUUUAUUGAUGAAUGGCAAGACUCUGCCUCCAGAGAAUUAAAUUACAAGUAUGAAUUAUAUCAUCAGUUAUUAGCAUAUAAUACUUUUAAAAAAUCAGGAAUUCCUUUGAAAAUCCCACAAAUAUAUUGCGCUUAUACCACGUCCAAAGUUCUUGUCAUGGAAUACAUCAAAGGGUUUAAGAUAACAGACAUGAAUUCGAUAAAGAAGUACAAAGUGGAUACAUACGAUUUGGUUUAUAAAAUUAUCGAUUAUUUUGCGUAUCAAAUUCAUAACGAUGGUUUUUUUCAUGGAGAUCCUCACCCAGGUAAUAUUCUCGUUAUGGUUCAGGAGAAAUGGCGAAGGGGGAAGGGGAGAAGAAGACGCUCUAAAAGGGGGACAACUGAUGUUGUGGAGAAUCCUUCAGAGAGGGAUGAGCAGACUAUUUCAGAAGCACGUUUCCCCAGGGAUGGCAAGAAGGAAAAAGUUUUCAGCGCAACGGGGAAUACAUCCAACCGGUCGAACACGUCCAGCGCAUCUAACUUCUCCUCGAGCAUUUCUAACACGUUGAAGACGCCCAACCAGGCCAACGCGCCAAACCCGUCGAACACGUCCAGUGCCUCCAUGGAAGACUUCAUAGAUGCGAGGUACAACAUCGAUAGGAUGAAAUGCGGACCGAUGAGCUCCUCCAACCCGUUUCAUAAAUCCUUCAGCUUUGUGGACUACUCGAAUAAGAAAAAUCAAGAAAUAUCAGACCAGGUACUGAAGGAGGAUUACGAUUUUAUCCUAAAUGAAAACAUGAGCGAUGGAGUGAGCACCAUCCGGAAGAGUAUCUCCAAAUCGGAGGAGUGCGUGUCUUAUGGGAACUCUAGGGGGGAGGACUUAUCGCUGGUCGCAAGUGCGUCGGGCCCAGGGGAUGAAUGUUCAACUAAGUUGAUUGAGUAUGAAAACAACUCGCUGCGCAUGCAGGGGAAUUUGCUCGAGGGGGGUGAAGUCUCCCCAGGGAAGGAAGCGGACAAAAAAGGGGCGAAGGUGCAACCCAAACGAGCAGGAGGACGUAGAAGGAAGAGGCGCACCUACUCCUUCGUACCUGUGAUUAUCGACUGGGGGCUGAUUAAACAGCUAGACGGAGUGAUGAAGCUAGCCUUUUGCAAACUAGUAUACAGCAUUAGCUGCAUGAAUGUACUCAACAUUAUCGAGGCGUUUGAGGAUAUGGGCUUCUGCUUUAAGGAGGACUUCACAUACGACCCAGAAAUAUACAUUGAAAAUUUAAAGCGUUUUUUUUUGAAAAAGUUGGAGGAGUCCAGUAACAAAAUGAGCGAAAGUGGAGGCGUCAACGGACAGGGAGGAGGAGGAGGAUCAGGAGGACCAGGUGCAGAUAAGGAUAAUCCAUAUGUUGUAGACGAUACGGGGAAGAAUAAAAAUUUAGAAGUUCUUAAAAAUAUAGACAAGAAGGACGUUUUAGAUCAGAACCCAAUUAGUGAUGUCCCAAAGGAUAUAAUUUUUUUCAUGAGAGUAGCUUCCCUACUCCAUGGAUUAUGCACCCAAAUGAAUGUCAACAUAAAUUACUUGAGCAUAUUUUCAAGGAGAGCUAAAGAAGCACUCGAAAAGGUGUACAAGCCGAUUCACCACUCGAUCUAUACCAUCCCGAUUGAUAAAACUCCAAAUUCCUUUCUUGAGAAGAGAAUACAUAAUUUGCUUAAGAAACUGUACGAUGAGAAGAAAAUUUUGGGAUGCCAGGUAGCCAUUAUACACAAUAAGAAAAUCGUCGUCGACACUUGUGUGGGAGUCACCAGCACAACGGACAAAAGACCCAUAACCAGGCACUCCCUAUUCAAUGGCUACUCCUUAAACAAAGCUAUCCUUACCAUCGCUUUGAUACAUCUGAUGUCAAACUUGGUGAAUGAACAGUACUCCGCGGAGAACGUCCUCUUAAAUUUGAGCAAAAAGAAGAAUAUGAAGGAAAAUGAACAGGAGGAGGGGAUGACUAAUUCGAGUGCCACGCGUAAGGUUACCGAGGAUGCGGCCCCUGCAGAGGAGGAAGACCAACGGAAAGAGACCCAGGACACAGCAGAGGUGCAGAACAAAUGCGUAAGUGAAAUGCUCAGCGAUAUUAACAAAAUUGAAAAUGAUUAUUUUGCGCCCGUUAAGAAGGCGGACGUGCAUAUGGAAGAGGCCCGUGUCGCAGAUGGGGCGGCGGUUCCGGCGGGUGCGCCUGGUCGAACGAUAGGCUUUGGGGGUCUCUCGACCGCGGCCAUCACCAAGUACAGCAGCAUUUACGGCGUGAACAAGAACACGAGUCGGUACUGCAGCAGCUACGACCACAGCUUUAGCAGCGACGAGGAGGACGGCCAGGAAAAGGGGGGAAAGGAAGGUAAGGCGGCGCAGAGCGGCUCUCACCACGACCCUCAGUGCGACCUUGAACGUGAUCAUCAAUGCGACCCUCAGCGUGAUCAUCAGUGCGACCCACAACUUUCAUCGCAGCAGAACUCCCCGCCCCCCCUGCAAACCCCCCCUUCUUUGGAAGCAUGCAACGAAGGCUACGGCGGGUACAACCGUGAACUAUGCGAACAAAUCAUCAGCGAUAUAGAAGCCAAACAAAUAAAAAAUUUCAAGAGUACCAUCAAUGAUUAUAUAUGCAACUACUGGGAUGGAUUCAUAUGCAAAAACAAAAAAAGCAUCACCAUAAAGGAUGUCCUAACUUUGAAGUGUUUCAUUAAAAAACCAUUUCAAGAUAAAAUAACGUUAAGUAAAUUUAUAGACUACAGUCAAAUGAUAAAAAUGAUUGAGAGCUCUCGAAACUGUCACGUGAAAAAGAAGUCGAAAAAGUAUGGACUCUAUCUCUACCUAAUUGACACCUAUAUUAUCUCUGAACUGAUUAACAGCAUUUCUGGGUUGAAGUACCAUGAGUAUAUUUACAAGUAUAUUAUUAAGCCGCUAAAUUUGAAGGACGAAAUGUAUAUUCCCAUUCCUUCGUACAUUUUGAAAAAACACCAGGAGGAUAUGAAAAAGAGCAAAAAUACAAGCGACUCCUCUGUGGUGAAUGAGAAGGGAAAAAAAAAUAACUAUAAAGAAAAGAAGACAAGUCUAAUGAAGGAGUCUUCUAACGCACUCAGAAGCAAUGAGUUAAAUUUGAACUCUUUUAUGUCUAAGAAGAAAAAUAAAAAGUUGAAUAGCGCUUCAAAUUUUGGGAAUGAAUUUUACCAAGGGAAGAAUGCAACCCCGUCUAACAGCAGCUAUAAUAAUAGACCUUUCCAGAAUAGCGUUCUUGUGAACAAACCGUGGAACAGAAAAUUUAAGACCCCAUUGGAAGCAGUGCAGAUUAAGAGGCGCUCCAUAAGUGUUGACGUGUACUAUUCUUCUAGGGGAAGGAACCUCGGCGCGGAGAGUACCACUGCGAAAGGGGCAAAGAAUGUGCGCGACGCGGUGAAAGGUAAGGUGGUUAGCGGCGAGGCGGUUAGCGGUGAGGCGGUUAGUGGUGAGGCGGUUAGAGGAGAGGCGGCUAACAGCAAGGCGGCUAGCGGCGAGGCGGCUAGCGGCGAGGCGGUUAGCAGCAAGGCGGUUAGCAGCAAUGCGGCUAGCGGCGAGGACAAGCCCGAGGGAGGCGAAGCCAAGGGGGGGGUCGCCAACGCGGAUGAGCCAUCCCCAAUGAAUAUCCUUCUAAACAACAAAAAGAUCGCCGAGUUGGGGGGGGGAAAGAAAUUCGAGCAGAACAGCAUUCUAGAAAGCAACCUAAAAGCAAAAGAACCACUCAGCCUCAAAAAUAAGUUGCUAAAUCAUGUAGACAAUCUAAAAGUAAAAACCAAAAAAAUUAACGACUCGAUUAAAAAUAUGUACGAAAAUAAUGAAAACACAUUUUUAAAAAAUAUUUUUAUGACUCCAUUGAAGAAAGCUGACAAUGCCAACAGCACCCUCGCAUAUGAUUAUCGCAAUGUUGAGCUUAGCUACAUGUACGAAAAAAAGUUGGGGAGUUAUACAAAAAAAAUUAUCAAAAUUACCCAUAUGGUACACACAAUUAUUAUUACAAUGAAUUUGCUCGAGAAGACAUAA